AUGGUGCUGCUGACACGCAACCAACAGAGCCCAGCAGCACAGCAGAUACAACUGGAAAAAUCGAGCAGUUUGUACAGGUUAACUCCGAUGCUCGACGAAUUCGGGAUCCUCAGAAUGGACGGACGUAUCACAGCUGCUCCGAACGUGAACGAAUGCGUGAAGUUUCCAAUUAUCCUUCCUAGGAAACACAGAUUUACUUACCUUCUGUUAAACGAUUACCAUCGAAGAUUCCGCCAUCGUAAUCUGGAAACGGUGGUAAAUGAGGUGCGUCAGCAAUUUUACAUUCCACAGCUGAGAGUUGCCGUGAAGCAGGUCACGAAAUCCUGUCAGUGGUGCAAAACGGUCAGAGCAGAGCUGUGUAUUCCUCGGAUGGCCCAAUUACCAGCUGCACGGCUGGCGUCGUUUCAAAGACUGUUUACGCACACGGGCCUAGAUCUUUUCGGACCACUUCUGGUUAAGAUUGGCAGGAGCUAUACGAAGCGGUGGAUUGCAGUCUUCACCUGUCUCACAAUACGUGCUGUCCACGUCGAGGUGGUGCACAGCCUCAGCACCAGAUCAUGCGUCGAGGCCAUUCGUAGGUUCGUUGUCCGCCGUGGAUCACCAGCUACGAUAUAUUCGGAUAACGGGACCAAUUUCCGAGAAGCGAGCCGACUGCUGCAGGAUCAGAUCGAGCAACUAGCAGCCACCUUCACGAGCAGUUCAACGAAAUGGAUCUUCAUUCCACCCGGCACUCCUCACAUGGGGGGUGCAUGGAAGCGCAUGGUGCGCUCCAUUAAAACGGCCAUAGAUGCUGCUUACAGCAGUCACGGGAAGCUGAACGACGAGACGUUAGCAACACUGGUAGUAGAAGCUGAAGGAAUCGUAAACAGCCGUCCAUUAACAUAUUUGCCGAUUCCGUCCGAGGAGAGCGAAGCAUUGGCUCCGAAUCAUUUUUUACUGGGAAGUUCGAGCAGAGUUCGCCUGCAAGCAGAAGCGGAUGACUCUGCAGCAGACUUGCAAUUGUCAUUUUCACAAAUCCAACUGCAUCUGAAUACAUUCUGGAGAAGAUGGUUGCGGGAGUACCUGCCGACCCUGAACAAACGCACGAAAUGGUUUGGGGACGUAAGACCGGUAGCUGCAGGUGAUCUGGUAGUGAUCGUCGAUGAGUCAACUAGGAACAAAUGGGAGCGUGGUCGGAUUCUUGAGGUCAUCAGAGGAAGCGAUGGGAGGAUUCGCCAGGCUAUAGUUCAAACUGCGAGGGGGUUGAUUCGUAGAUCUGUGAGUAAAUUGGCAGUCUUGGAGGUAAAUGGUGGAUGUAAAACUGAGUCAGAUGAUCAGUGUUACGCGGGGGAGGAUGUUGGUACUGGCAACACGGCAUGA